AAGCUCCAACAGUCAAACGACGAUACGUUUGUAAGCGGUGUGCGCUUGAACGCAGGUUAGAGGAGCGAUUUGUGGUGAAUGAUGGCUGACACCGGGACACGUCACAGCCCGGCGCACAGGUGCGUUCAGACCAUCCUGCCUCCAGUUGUCCAUCGGUUCCUCUUCAGCCAAUCAGAGGAGUUUCCGGUGGCUCGCCCGCUCUUCAGGGCGCUGUUUGGAGUAGCGACCGGCACAGUCUUGUUCCUGGGCAUUGCCCACAACCUCCCGCUGACCUUUGACCUGAAGGUGGCAGUAGGAUGUUUGUUUGUUGCUGUGUGUCUCGCAGGCGGACUCCUGUCUUCGUCCUUCAGGUGUUCGGUCCUCCUCAUGUUUCCCAGCAUGCUCGGCUCCCGUGGCCGCUCCUACCUGAUCCUGCUGGCCCUGUCUGUGCUGUACGCAGGCCCAGUUUCAAACAUCCAGCGUAACGUGGAGGCCGCCGCCGUGUCUGUGAGCUGCAACCUGGACCUGCAGGUCCGUCACAGCAAGCUACUGUGGAGAGAAGCCAUCAAGCCAUUUUUGAUCAUCACACAGGAGCUCAUGGAUGAUAAAGAAGGUUUUGAGUUGGAGGCUUUAAAUGUCAGCAAGAAGUUUCAGGACAUCAGAGACGAGAUGGUCCUUCAGUACGGAUACGACCGAUUCGAAUCUAAACAAGGCGGCGGUAACAGCACCCAGGAGGAGUUCACCGCCAAGACCCUAAAGCAGUGCGACAGUGUGGUUGCUCAGGGUGUGCAGCGGUGCGUCGAUUGGUUCGCCAACAGGUGGACGGCGUGUUUGGAGGCGAUCCCCGUCCCCGUCAUCAACUACAUCCUCUGCAUUUCAAUGAAGUUUCACUUCCUGUGUGACAUCAUGAAAGUCAUGACUCCGUGGUGCAGGGACAACAUUCCCGUGGAGGGAAACUUUGGUCAACUCUUCGACCGGCUGAAUGUUUCGGUUGACCUGCUGUCCAGAGAGUUCAGCGCCGAGCUCACUGUAGAGGAGGAGGAGCAGCCGGCGCUGAGCGAAGCUCUGCUGGACCAACAGUUCACCAACGCUGUCAAAACAUCCUUCCAGAAACUGACAUCAACGACGGGACGGGUGCUGAACAUCCUGCAGAUGCUCCUCUCCUUAACCUUCAUCACCAUCUUCACCCAGGCGUUUGGGUACCUCUGGCAGUACAACAGGGACAUUUGUUUCGACAACGUCUACAUCACCACCUACUUCAGACAGAUCGAUGCCCGCAGACGGAAAGCGGGGAAGCGCUGCCUGCUGCCUCUGAGGAAAUCUGAGAAAAACAAGCUGAUCAACCCCUGCAGUCUGAAAAUUUACCCCGAAGAGGUCAAACAAGUGGUGCGUUCAAGAGCAGUAACUCUGGUAGUAUUUAUGUAGUGUUUCACAAAGUGCUUCACAGGAAAUAAUCCACUGUAAUAGCAGCAGUGACGCGACUCCUCAGUUCUUUGCACUCACCUAAAAAUCAGCAGAUUUGUUAAAGGAUCAUUACCCUAAAUACCACUUUUCCAUCUUUUUAAGUUUAAGUUAUUUUUAUAAAUAACGUGUUUAGACGUGGUCCAAUCAGAGUGCAGCACUCUCACAAACAGGUAUGCAGCAACAGCA